AUGACUGUUGAAAAUAGAUUUACGAUAGCAUCAGAUGCUGUUGUGUGCAAAGAAGCCAUAUUGAAAGGAGAUAUAACAAUUGGUUCAGGUACUGUUGUUCAUCCGACUGCUGUUAUACGAGCUACAAAUGGUCCCAUCAUUAUCGGAGAAAAUAAUAACAUCGAGGAAACCUGUGUUAUUGAAAAUUUGAACGAAAAUGGCCAAACACUAUCAAUCGGCCGUGACAAUGUUUUUGAAAUUGGAUCUGUUGUUCACGCUCCAAAGAUUGGCGACAAUAAUGUUUUUGGCGUACGAUGUAAGGUCGGUCCAAAUACAACAGUUACGCGAGGCUGCUUUAUUGGUGUCAAUUGUGUGGCAAUGCUACAGGAAGAGCUACCAGAAAACACCGUAAUAUACGGUAAAAAUAAUAGCCGGCGAGUAGCGAGAGAUCCGCCGCAGGUAAAUGAUUAUUAA